AUGGGCGUGGAAGUGCGGGGAAAUGACCCACGCAACCCUGAANUGUGUGAUCAAAGGUUUACCACAAAGAGCAGUUUAAACGAACACAUGAGAAUCCACACAGGACAGAAACCCUAUUGUUGUGAGCUGUGUGAUGGAAGGUUUACCACAAAGGGCAAUUUAAACAAACACAUGAGAAUCCACACAGGACAGAAACCAUUUUGUUGUGAGCUGUGUGAUCGAAAGUUUYCCCAAAAGAGCAGUUUAAACAAACACAUGAGAAUCCACACAGGACAGAAACCAUUUUGUUGUGAGAUGUGUGAUCGAAGGUUUACCACAAAGAGCAAUUUAAACUCACACAUAAUAAUCCACACAGGACAGAAACCAUUUUGUUGUGAGCUGUGUGAUCGAAGGUUUACCACAAAGAGCAAUUUAAACUCACACAUAAUAAUCCACACAGGACAGAAACCAUUUUGUUGUGAGCUGUGCGAUCGAAGGUUUACCAAAAAGAGCAAUUUAAACUCACACUUGAGAAUCCACACAGGACAGAAGUCAUUCUGUUGUGAGCUGUGUGAUCGAAGGUUUAUCACAAAGAACCAUUUAAACAAACACACAAGAAUACACACAGGACAGAAGCCAUUUUGUUGUGAGCUGUGUGGUCGAAGGUUUUUCACAAAGAGCCAUUUAAACGCACAUAUGAGAAUCCACACAGGCCAGAAACCAUUUUGUUGUGAGCUGUGUGAUCGAAGGUUUUUCACAAAGAGCCAUUUAAACACACACAUGAGAAUCCACACUGGACAGAAGCCAUUUUGUUGUGAGAUGUGUGAUCAAAGGUUUACCACAAAAGGCAGUUUAGACACACACAUGAGAAUCCACACAGGACAGAAGCCAUUUUGUUGUGAGCUGUGUGAUCGAAGGUUUACCAGAAAGAGCAGUUUAGACACACACAUGAGAAUCCACACAGGACAGAAGCCAUUUUGUUGUGAGCUGUGUGAUCGAAGGUUUACCAGAAAGAGCAGUUUAGACACACACAUGAGAAUCCACACAGGACAGAAGCCAUUUUGUUGUGAGCUGUGUGAUCGAAGGUUUACCAGAAAGAGCAGUUUAGACACACACAUGAGAAUCCACACAGGACAGAAGCCAUUUUGUUGUGAGCUGUGUGAUCGAAGGUUUACCAGAAAGAGCAGUUUAGACACACACAUGAGAAUCCACACAGGACAGAAGCCAUUUUGUUGUGAGCUGUGUGAUCGAAGGUUUACCAGAAAGAGCAGUUUAGACACACACAUGAGAAUCCACACAGGACAGAAGCCAUUUUGUUGUGAGCUGUGUGAUCGAAGGUUUACCAGAAAGAGCAGUUUAGACACACACAUGAGAAUCCACACAGGACAGAAGCCAUUUUGUUGUGAGCUGUGUGAUCGAAGGUUUACCAGAAAGAGCAGUUUAGACACACACAUGAGAAUCCACACAGGACAGAAAUCUUUGUUCUCUGUUGUGUUGUCUCAUGCCCAGUCCUAG